AUGACAGAUCAAAAUAUUGAAGAAUUAGAUUCAUCAGAAUUAGGUACUCUUGAUUAUUGGCAAAGAGUAUAUUCAGAAGAACUUGAUAAUUUUAAGGAACACGGAGACGUAGGUGAAAUAUGGUUUGGUAUAAAAAAUUCAUUAAAAAUUAUACAAUGCAUCAACAUGCAACUCAAAGUUAAUAAAGAUGAUAAAAUAAUUGAUAUAGGAUGUGGUAAUGGGAUGACAUUAAUUGAACUUGCACGAAAUGGUUUUAAAAAAUUGAUAGGUAUAGAUUAUUCACAAAAGGCAAUUGAAUUAGCUAAAGAAAUAUUGAAGGAAAAUAAUAUAUCACAUAUCAAUUUAAAAGUUUAUGACAUAUUAAAUACUGAAGAUUUUGAAUUGCCAAUGGAUUUUAAAUUAGCACAUGAUAAAGGAACAUAUGAUGCCAUUAGCUUACAUCCAGAGGAUUCUGCAUUAAAACGACAGAGCUAUAUAAAAAAUGUAUACAAAAUUCUAUUGCCUUCUGGAUAUUUAGUUUUAACUUCAUGCAAUUGGACAAAGGAGGAAAUAGAGAAACAUUUUCAAAAUUAUUUUCGUAUUUUACACGUGCUUCCUACUGAGACAUUCAUCUUUGGCGGGCAAAGUGGAAACACUGUAACACAAUUGGUUCUUCAAAAGAUAUAA